AUGUCGACGGUCAAAAUCUUAAAGGAAAAGCCAAGUUACGAAGACAUGCUAGAUAGUCCUAUAAUAGAUCUCUACAUAGGUCCUAAACGCAAAAAAUUCAGCAUCCACCGCGGACUCCUCUGCGCCAAAUCCCCCUUCUUCGCAGAUAUCUUUCUAAACAACGAUGAGCUCAGCGAAGAGAAAGAAGAUCACCAUCUACCCAAGAUUAGCUCGGAACAUUUCUCCAUCAUCAUGAAAUGGUUAUAUCGCGGUACGCUAGACACGGGGUUUGAAAAAGAAGGGAAUAAACCAAGUUGUGCAGCGAUAGAGGUUUAUGCAUUGGCGCACCAGUUGGGUAUGACAGAGAUGAUGGAUAGGGUUUUAUCUGGGCUAGGAAGAAGAUAUGUGGAGAAGAGGUUUACGCCGAAUGUUUUUGCCAUUGAGUUGGCGUUUGAGUUGACGGAACCUCUGGGGCCAAAGGAUCGGGAUUGUGGAUUGAGGAGGUGGAUGGCGAGGUGGUAUGCUAUCAUGCUACUUUUUCCAGAUGGAGUUUCCUCGACGGCUGGACAUGGUAUCUCGGAAGAUAGUCUGGCUGAUUUGGGGCUAAGGUUUCCGUCUUUAUACCGGAGUGUGGUUGGGAUCUUGAGAGGGGCAGAAGGAUGGAAAGAUGUUAGGACGAAAUUUUAUGAGGAGAAGGUUUGUGCUUUUCAUGGGCAUGAAGCUGGGGACAGAAGCUGUGAGGAUGUUGGGAAAUUUUGGGGCAUCUUCAGAAGUAAGGAAACGGAGGCUGGGUGGAUGUCAGUGAGUAGAGCGGGCAUUUAG